GGCCGAAUGAUUUCGGCAUUUAUUUUUGCUGUAAAAAGGAGGCGAUGAUACGAUUUCUAGUCGUUUGGGUUUUUAUUUUUGUGUAACAAACCCUUUUUUUCUCGCCCUGAUUCAGUAAAUGCUCCAUAUGUAAGGGAGUCAAGACUUAUGUUUCGCAGUCCACUUCCGAGAUCUCUGCAGAAGCUCCAAAUCACUAAUCUGAUGUAAAGAAUUUUUCAUAAUGCUCCCCAAAAGAUGGAGAUUAGAUCUUUCGGAUGGUUUCUCCUUUGGAUUCCUUAUCGUAGCAUUACUCUCCGUGUACCUCUUUGAAAUAUUUAUCGUCCUGCCAAGGGUAGAUGGAGGCCUUUUAUCUGUGGAGUUUCAUGCUCUCUUUGGAAGUUUUAUCUUCUCUAACAUACUUGGUAACCUUGCCAUGAUGAUGUGGACAGACUCAUCUACAAGGAAAAUAAUACUUCCUUCUCAGCUGAAACCUGGUUGGUAUUUUUGUAGUGCCUGUGAAGCCAAUUCCCCUCCAAGAACAUUCCAUUGCCCAAAGUGCAAUGUUUGCAUAUUGAAGAGAGAUCACCAUUGCACUUUUGCAAUGUGUUGCAUCGGACUGAAGAACAUUCGUUAUUUUGUGAUGUUUCUCUUCUACUUAUCCUUCGGAUCUCUGUACGCGACUGUCUUUAAUAUGUAUUUCAUAUGGGAUGUUUUGGGAGGAUUUUCGCUGUUUUCUCUCAGUGCGCACCUGUUGCCCUUCAUAUUUGUAAUGUUAGGGUAUUUAAACAUUGAAGUAUUUGCAUAUACUACACUAUCCAUGUUAUCUAUCAUUGGAGUUCUUUUUGUUUCACACUUAUUUGUGUUUCAUGUACAACAAGUAAUCAAAAACCAGACCACUUUUGAGAAAAUGCAGGGCGUCACAAACUAUGAUCUUGGCUGGAAAGCAAAUCUGGCAGAAAGUUUUGGGCAGAAGUGGUACAUUGCCUGGAUCUUUCCUUUUGUAGAUUCCCCUCUGCCGAGUGAUGGAUUGUCCUUCAAUAGCAGAGAUAUAAGUAACUUAAAAUUUGGUUCCUAUGAAGUCAGUCAAGUGAGACAGCGCCAUAUUUAA